AUGGGCCUAGAGCUCUAUCUGGACCUGCUGUCAGCAUCUUGCCGUGCUGUCUAUAUCUUUGCUAGGAAAAAUAGCAUCCCCUUCGACUUCCAGUUUGUGGAUCUGCUAAAAGGUCACCACCACAGCAAGGAAUACAUAGCGAUCAACCCCUUGAAGAAGCUACCCAGCCUCAAAGAUGGAAAAUUUGUCUUAUCUGAAAGUGUGGCCAUCCUUUUCUACCUGUGCCGCAAGUACAGCACACCCUCACACUGGUACCCACCAGACCUGCACACACGUGCCCGCGUGGAUGAGUUCAUGGCCUGGCAGCACACUGCCAUUCAGCUGCCCAUGACCAAGAUCCUCUGGAUCAAGAUGCUGAUUCCAAUGAUCACAGGCGAGGAGGUUCCAGCCGAGAAGACAGAGCAGAUGCUGGCCGAGGUGAAGAACAGCAUGCAGCUCUUUGAGGAGAAGUUUCUGCAGGACAAGAUGUUCAUCACCGGGGACCACAUCUCACUGGCUGACCUGGUGGCCCUGGUGGAGAUGAUGCAGCCCAUGGGAAGCCAGUAUAACGUCUUCCUCUGUAGCUCCAAGAUAGCUGAGUGGCGCAUGAGGGUGGAGCUGGCUAUUGGCUCUGGCCUCUUCUGGGAGGCCCAUGACCGGCUAAUGAAGUUGGCAGAGUGGGACUGUUCAACACUGGAGCCAAUGGUCAAGGAGAAGAUCUGCGAGUUGCUGCAGAAGUUCAAGUAGAAGCAGCCCAUCCUGCAGGGCCCAGCUGGCUCAGCCCUUUUGAGCUUCCUUCCUUAGAGGAGGUGUUAAAAACAACCUCAUUCCUUUGCUGAAUAAAGUACUAUAACAACCA